AUGUCCACUCCAUCUGUCCAAACUUUUGGUAAAAAGAAGACUGCUACUGCUGUCGCACACGUCAAAGCCGGUAAGGGUUUAAUCAAGGUCAACGGUGCCCCAAUCACCUUGGUCCAACCAGAAAUCUUACGUUUCAAGGUCUACGAACCAUUAACCUUAGUUGGUUUAGACAAAUUCCAAAACAUCGAUAUCAGAGUUAAGGUCUCCGGUGGUGGUCACGUCUCGCAAGUUUAUGCCAUCAGACAAGCCAUUGCCAAGGGUUUAGUCGCCUACCACCAAAAGUUCGUCGAUGAAGCCUCUAAGAACGAAUUAAAGAAGGUCUUUGCUUCUUACGACAAGACCUUGUUAGUUGCCGACUCCAGAAGAAUGGAACCAAAGAAGUUCGGUGGUCGUGGUGCCAGAGCAAGAUUCCAAAAAUCUUACCGUUAA